GGUACUUCACCCCACACUCCAUCACAAUAAACAAAAUGGCAGCUACUCAGUUCUCCAUUCAACUAGCCUCGCCUGAGCACGCUCCCAUCCUCGGCAAGAUAAGUGGUGAUUCGUUUCUCAACGAUCGCCAUACCCAGAUGAAAGGCCUCGGAAAAGAUCCAUAUGACCUGGAAAGGUCGAUGGCAGCAGACAUACCUCGACAAGCUACAUCGCCCAAUAUCGUUCUCCUGGAAGCGGUGGAUAGUACAUCUGGAGAAGUUGCAGGGUGGGUAUCCUGGGGGUUUCGAGGAUUUACACCUGCGGAGAUUGCCGCAGUGCGACCUGGUGAAUUAUUCACGUUUGUGCAUAACUCUUCUGAGAAAGGUGAACGAGGGGAGGAAAAGCCUGCUGCAAAAGACCAGGAUGACACAUCAAGUGAGGUCGUGGAGGGUGACCCAAUCAAGCGACUAGAAGCCAUGACCGGAGCAGAUCUCAAACGCUGGAUGGACAAGGUCAUGCCGGAUGGCACCAAGUGCAUGUUUGUCAUAUCCCUCUGCGUGGCCCCUAAGUGGCAGUCUCGAGGAGUAGGAUCGUUGCUCCUGCAGUGGGGUACAGACACUGCCGAUUCAACCGGGGUAUUCAUGUGGGUACAUUCAUCGGCCGGUGCGUGGCAAAUGUAUCGAAGUCACGGUUUUGAAACGAUCGAAAAGCUCGAUGUCGACCUAGAUCAGUAUGCGCCUGCACCACCUCCUGAUAACGAGGAGAUAUGGGGACAUUAUGUGUUUCGGUAUAUGAUACGGUUACCCCAGGGCAGCCGUGGAUGAGCCUCCUCAUGAUUAAGGAUAUGUCAGCCAUAUCCAUUCAUUGUCUAUGCAGUUGGGACCCUAUAA